GUGGGCAACCUCAGACAGGUGGAGGAGACGUCCUGAAGCAGCUGAACCGCAUCGUGGUUGGACCUGAUCGGGCAGGACUGGGGCUGGGCUGCGGGGUCGAGCAGCGGUGGACGCUGUGCACGGCUCGGUCCGCGGAUCCUCCUGCAGCUGCUGGAUUCAGAGGAUGAGACGAGCUCCAAAACAUGGUUUGGCUGAUGCAUCCAUCCUGAGCCUUCUUCGCUCAUAUGCUGGACACUUAAAUGUGGACAUGGGGAGGACGAGGGAUGUAGCUGCAAUGGAUUAAGAACUCGAACUUAGAUAUUUGUUCAUCAGAUUUUGGGGCUUAUAAUAUUUAUCACCCUGCCUGGGCAAUGGAAAACCAAGCAGCUGAGCCGCAGAACUAUGAAGACGUGCAGAAAAGCGGCUAUCUCCGCAAGCAUAAAUCAAUGCACCGGCGGUUCUUCGUGCUGAGGGCGGCCUCGGAGCAUGGUCCUGCUCGGCUGGAGUAUUACGAAAACGAGAAGAAAUUCCGCAGUAAAUCACCUGUGCCCAAAAAAGUCCUGAGCCUGGAGACAUGCUUCAACAUCAACAAGCGGGCAGAUUCCAAAAACAAGCACAUGAUCGUCCUUUAUACCCGCAGCGAGAGCUUUGCCAUCGCUGCAGACAGCGAGGAGAUCCAGAACGAGUGGUACCAAGCGAUGCUGGACCUCCAGUGCAACUGUAAGACUCCCGAAGACUAUGGCAGUAGUGGAGAGUGUAGCUCGCCGUCUCCUGUUCCAACCUUCAAGGAAGUAUGGCAGGUCAAGGUUUGGCCCAAAGGUCUUGGACAUGCCAGGAACUUAGUGGGCAUAUACCGGCUGUGCCUCACCGACAAGACGGUCAACUUUGUCAAACUCAACUCCGACGUGGCGUCUGUGGUGUUGCAGCUGAUGAAUGUUCGCAGGUGUGGCCACUCAGAGAACUUUUUCUUCAUCGAGGUGGGUCGCUCUGCGAUAACCGGGCCCGGAGAGUUCUGGAUGCAGGUGGACGACUCGGUUGUCGCUCAGAACAUGCACGAGACCCUGCUGGAGGCCAUGAAGGCCCUGAGCGAGGAGUUCCGUCAGCGCAGUAAAUCUCAGUCUGUCGGGACAUCGUGUGGAGGCGGUACCGCUUCCAAUCCCAUCAGCGUGCCCAGCCGUCGCCAUCAUCCCAACCUGCCGCCGAGCCAGGUGGGCUUCUCCAGGCGAGCCCGCACGGAGACCCCAGGGGGAGGCAGCAGCACAAGCACGUCGCCCACGUCGCGCCACGGCUUCCCGAGGGCACGGACCGCCAGCAUCGGCGCCCGGUCGGAGGAGAGCGGAGCGAGUGCGAAGGGGACGUGGGCGAGCUCAAGCCCGAGUCUCAACGGCUCCUGCUCGACCACGCCGACGCUAAGGCCCAAGCCCACCAGGGCCCCAACCCCUGCUAAGAUAACCCUCAGCCUUGCGCGCUACACGCCUAACCCCGCCCCCUCCCCUGCGCCGAGUCUGUCGUCCAGCUCAGGUCACGGCUCCGAGUGCGGCCUGGUAGGAGCGGCGGUGGGAGGCAUGACCGUCUGCUCUUAUCCUCGUGUUUCACAGAGAGUUUCCGUUUCGGGUUCACCGAGCGACUACGGCUCCUCGGAUGAAUACGGCUCCAGUCCCGGGGAACACUCUCUGCUCGUUCCCAGCCUCUCUGGACAUCACGCCCACGGGGAAGGCUCCUCCAGCUACAUAGUAAUGGGACAGCGAGAGGGCCUCCUCGGUUCCCACCAUCGCUCAAAAGGUCGGCGGAUUCUGAGGCGUGCGUCCAGUAGGGAAUCUGAGGCGGAGCGCAGGCUGCUAAGCAAGAGGGCUUCCCUUCCUUUGGCGGCCCACGAAAGACUGAUUCCACACAGGAAAGACGAAGACGACGAGGACGACGAAGAAUAUGCCAUCAUGUCACGGAGUGCUAACCGGGGGAGGGCUGAUUCGCACCACAGCUCAGGAGCUCUCGCGGGUGGCGUCGAUGUGAGGAAGAGGGCUGACAAAAGCCGGGGAGAGGUUGACCCUGGAGCCGGCGUGGACACCGGUUACAUGUCCAUGUUGCCCGGAGUGACGUCUCCUCCCGCGUCGCUCUCUCUCUCAAUCGGCAUGUCCGACUCCAGCGCUAAACCCGGGGCAGAUGAUGAGUACAUGGCCAUGACCCCCAACAACAGCGUGUCCCCUCCUCAGCACAUCCGCCAGCCCAGCACCGAGGGCUACAUGGUCAUGUCUCCGAACGGCAGCAGCUCCACGGACCUGCACGGACUGGGCAUGUGGGACGGCGGGGGCAGCGCGGAGAGCCGCUCCGCCGGCGACUACAUGAACGUCUCGCCCGUGUGCAGCCGCUCCGCCUGCAGCACACCGCCCUCCCACCCUGAGCAGCACCAACUCCAGCCAAAAAUGUUCAAUUCCUACUUCUCCCUGCCACGAGCAUAUCAGCACACUCUGUACACGCGCUUCGAGGAAGACUUGAACAAAGGGGAGGCGAAAAAGGACAGCGGUGGGCAUGAAGCCGCCGGGAGGGGAGGGGGGUUGGGAUACAGCAAGAGAAACAAAAUCUUAGUGGGCUCCACAGGUGGCUGCCAACUCUCCAUGUCUUCCUCGUCGUUCUCCUCCAGCUCGGCCAGCAGCGAAAGCCUGGAAGACAAGUCCAUGUCGGCAGGGAGGGGGUUGAGUUUGUUAAGGACCGGAGCAGAGAUCAAGGGCGUCGGGGCGGGCACAAAAGACGGGCGUCACCAUCCAAAACGCGGCUCGAGCAGUAAGAGCCCGAAGCAACAGAGGCGGGGUCGCCCGCUGAGCAUGUCUUCAGACAUCGCCAAGGCGAACACUCUGCCCAGGGUGAAGGAGAACCUGCUGCCGUCGGCGUCGCCAAACGUUGGUGAGUAUGUGAGUAUCGUGUUCAAGGAGGACAACAAGUACGACAGAGGAAGACACGCGGGGUCUAAACACGGACAACCUGUGAUCCACGGGACGCUCAGGCCAAUAAACCAACCACUCCUCCACCAUGAUAAUCCCUGCGUCCUCCCCCGCAGCUUCUCGGCACCCUUGUCCACCUCGGCAGAGUACGUCAGCAUGGACUUAGGGAAGCCCUCCGUGCCCCUGACUCCCGUCAGAGCCGCGUUCAGCACCCCGCAGGGCCCGCCGGCCGUUGCCCCAAAGUCCCGGCAUGAGCGGCGCUCGUCUUCUCCUUCGUCGGCGGAGGGCAAUAGCGGUUACAGAACAAAGGUGAAGGCGGCGGCGUUGCCAACAGACCCCCCGCCAACAUUCGCGGACAGCAAAGGUUCAGAUCCCAGCAUUUCAGCGAGACCUGCCGUCCACCCGGGUCAGCCCUUAUCCAUGGAGCAGGAGACGGGCUCGGGCUUUUCUCCAGUCAAGUCCUUCCAGUCUCCCAGCAGGUCGGUCCGCGGUGACCAGCAGGGCCGGCAGAGCCACCGCUCGGAGACUUUUAGCUCACCUCCCUCCCAUCCACGCCACCCACCCUCUUCUACCUCCCUCUUCCCGGAGGGCAGCCAGGCAGCGGGCCAUCGGCACGGUUUGGAUUGCUCACCGUGGGAGAGCAGACAGGCAGCUGGUCUAUCUGCCACACCUCCACCACAAGCCUCCACCUCAUCUGCUGAACAAGGCCUUAACUACAUUGACCUUGACUUGGCCGUUAAGGAGAGCCCUCAAGCAGGAGUGGAUCGCACCUCCGCCGCCUACAACAUCGGAGGAGGCGCGAUGGGCAGCAGCGCUGGCUCAAGCCUCAACACUUAUGCCAGUAUUGAUUUCUAUAAGUCAGAGGAGCUGAGAGCACACCAGAGCGGCAGAAAAGAUGGUCAAGAUUGUUGAUCUCGCCACGCUCGCUCUGUGAGGGGACGGCCCGCUCUGUUGCCACAACAGAACUGUUCACUGAAGUCUGAACACUGGAAACCCUGGAAAACUCAUCCCAUCCCCCGUCUGCUGUUUUCUGUCAACCAAAUGUGUGCCAAACACACACACACACACACACACACACACACACACACACUAACACACACACAAACAAACCCACACGAGGGGUAAGAAAAAGAUUCUGUUUUUGUCUGGCUUUGAAUAGAAAUGACUUCUGAUCAUCGUUUAGCGCAGUGUGGACAAAAGAUGAUUUGUGAUUGUGUGUGACGCUCGUUGCCAUGGAGUCGAUGACUAAAUCUUCAUUUUUCUGAGUCACCUGAACUCAGCAACACAAACAGUGAAACAGGUGAAGGUAUAAAUUAAAAAGGCUUUCAGGGAAUCGGACAAAGGUCAAAUAAAGUCGUUCAGUGUUGUUUGAAUUGAUCU